AUGGACGUCCCGCACGAAAAAGAGAAAGAGAGCGAGGGCACUGCCCACAUCGACAUCGUGGACGACCGGCCGUCUCAUCACGUCGAUGGCGAGCCAAGCCCGUCUCUCAGAGACAGCAAGGGAUGGGAUGGCAAGCUCCGGAUUCCCAAGACUGCGCUCAUGACCAACCCCGAGGCCCUGUCAGACCCGGAGUACUCAGACGACAGUAAUGUCCUGCAUGGCGAAGAGAUCCGGGCAGACGAGAAUCUACUCGAUAGCGAGGAUUCCGGCACCGAAGAAAUCAUGUGCUCCCACUCUCGCAUCAAGUCACUGCCUGCCCUACGGCUGGAGCGCUUCAAGAACGUUACUCGCAUUUGUCUCCGACAAAAUGUCAUCCAAGAUAUCGAAAGUCUCGAAAGCCUUGCCGAUACGCUGGAAGAGCUGGAUUUAUACGAUAACCUGAUCUCCCACAUCCGGGGCUUGGACAACUUAACAAAGCUUACAAGCCUGGAUCUCAGUUUCAACAAGAUCAAACACAUCAAGCACAUCAAUCAUCUUAAGGAACUAAAGGAGAUAUUCCUGGUUGCUAACAAGAUCAGCAAAAUCGAGGGGCUAGAAGGGCUUGACAAGCUCAAGUCUCUAGAACUCGGCUCAAACCGUAUCCGAGAGAUCCAAAAUCUCGAUAGCCUACAGAAUCUGGAGGAGCUAUGGCUAGCGAAGAACAAGAUUACAGAGCUCACAGGGCUCGGAGGGCUUCCCAAGUUGCGUCUGCUGAGUAUCCAGUCCAACCGAAUCCGAGAUGUGUCUCCCCUCAAGGAAGUCCCUCAGCUAGAGGAGCUAUACAUUGCCCACAACGCCCUCGAAUCCUUGGAAGGUAUUGAGAACAACACCAACCUCAAGAUACUCGAAAUUUCCAACAAUCAGAUUAGCAGCCUCAAAGGUGUUGGUCCCUUGGAAAAUCUGGAAGAAUUGUGGGCCAGUUACAAUCAACUGGGAGACUUUGCCGAGGUGGAGAAGGAGUUGAAAGACAAGGAGGACUUGACAACCGUCUAUUUUGAGGGCAACCCUCUUCAGCUGCGUGGCCCCGCUCUGUACAGGAACAAAGUUCGGCUUGCACUCCCACAAGUUAAGCAGAUUGAUGCUACAUUCGUGAGAGUAUAA